GGAGGUCAUGGCGUUGCUGAAGUGUAGCUCCCUGGUCUGCGUGGUCUGCCUGGAGAAGCCCAAGUACCGCUGCCCGACCUGCUGCGUGCCCUACUGCUCCGUGACCUGCUUCCGGACUCACAGAGAACAGUGCAACCCUGGAACUCGUCCAGUUGAGAAAAAAUUACCUGCAAAAACUGUAAAGUCUGUGGAAAACAAAGAUGACGAUGACUCCAUAGCAGAUUUUCUCAAUAGUGACGAAGAAGAGGACAGAGUUUCUUUGCAGAAUUUAAAGAAUUUAGAGGACUCUGCAACAUUAAGAACAUUACGGCUCAAUCCCCACCUGCGACAGCUGAUGGUCAGCCUGGACCAGGGGGACAACAAAGCGAAGCUAAUGAGGGCCUGCAUGCAGGAGCCCUUGUUUUUGGAGUUUAUGGACUGCUGUUUGCAAAUCGUGGAGCCGUCCCAGAGCAAGGACUCCUAG